AGAGGUGGCUACUGACACCACCACAUCUUCGCAAACGAAAAAUUAAUUAUGCAUUUUAAAUAGGCUCAUUAGUUCUGUCAGCUGUUUCGUAUACAUAACCUUUCUUAUAUAUUCGUCGCUGUUUAUUUAGUUUACACGGCACCCUCUGUUGCAAUAUUGUCAAUAGUUGAGCAAUUCCCCCGAGUUUGAGGGUAUCCUGGGAAAGACAAAGUGAAGAGGUGACUUGAAUUAAUUGUUAUCCGGAGAAAGAAUAAAAAUCAUGGUGAGGUACAUAGAAUUUCAAGCCGUGGUGUUGGCUGGUGGGAAGGGCUCCAGGAUGACAGAGUUGACAGCGGGCAAGCCCAAGUGCCUUCUCCCAGUGCACAAUCUCCCGAUGAUCUACUACCCUCUUGCUUCCCUGGAAAAGGCUGGCUUCACCGAGGCAAUCGUCGUAGUGACGGAAUCCACACGUAAAGAAAUUUCUUCAGUCCUCGAUAAACUCUCUCUUACCCUUAAACCAGAAGUCAUUGGAAUACCCGAUGGUGAGGACUUGGGUACAGCGGAUGCUGUGAGAUUCAUCAGUGAUAAAAUUCAUAAAGACUUCAUCGUGGUUUCCUGCGAUUUAAUUGCUGAUAUCGAUAUCACUGAGAUUCUUAAUUCGUACAGAAAAUAUAAUGCGAGUAUCACAGCUCUCAUGCUACAAGCUCCAAAGGUGCCUGGAACAUUCGUCACACCUGGACCUAAGAGUAAACAAAAGCCGGAGACUGAUUUAAUUGGAAUCGAUGAUAAAACUAACCGACUAGUUUUCCUUGCCUCCGCAUCGGAUUUCGAGGAGACCUUCGCUAUCUCUCAGAAAUUGCUGAGGAAACACACGAGCUUUACGAUUCAUUCAAAAUUAUUGGAUGCACAUUUUUAUAUUAUGAAGAAAUGGGUUCUCGACUUCCUGGUACAUAACAAGAAUUUUGGAACACUGAAGGGUGAACUACUCCCUUACAUAGUCAGUAAACAGUUGAGCAGGCCUCCGAAGCAAACCUUGGAUGACAGAAAUACUUCCAUAGUUAAAAUGGAUAUCAGAGAGGAUAUCUUCCGAUUCGCUGUAGAGAAAGUAUCGGAUGAAUUGAUAAGGGAGAUGUCAGCGUUUAAUGACCACUCCUUCGAUCUCCAGGGAGCUUAUCACGGAGACUUGAUAAGAUGCUAUGCACAUCUACUCACUGAUAAAUUUGGACUCAGAGCAAAUACUGUGCAAAUGUACAGCUUAGCCAACAGUCAGAUUUCUCAAUUCCCUUUGUUGAAUGUGACCAACAACGUGAUUUCUCCUUUGGCCACAGUCAAAAGUACUCAAGUAUCAAAUUGUAGAAUCGACGAGCUAGCGUCGAUAGAUGAGAAAACAUCGAUUAAACAAUGUCAUAUUGGUUCUGGCUCUGUGAUAGAGCAGAAAACAAGAGUUGCGGACUCUGUCAUUAUGGGAAAUGUUGUUAUUAAACAGAGGUGUGUCAUCAAUAAUUGUAUUUUAUGCAACAAUUGCGUUAUCGAAGAGGGUACGGAGCUGAAGGAUUGUCUCGUUGGAGCUCAGCAUAUUGUUCCUGGUGGCGGAAAUUACUCUCGAGAAGUCCUAACUGAUGUAGACAGACUCAUGGAAAUUUAAUAAAAUUAUACAUUUGCACCUUU